AUGGUGGGGGGUGCACCCGUCGCCCCCACACUGUGCUUGGGAGCGUCGCUACCUUUGGUACAUGCCUGGCGCGGCUCUCUGCCCGACAUUGCUAGCAGCUCACUUGGCGAUGAAGGUGCCGUGGAGACCUUGAGUCACAAGCGCUUGGUUGCGGUCAUCUAUCCAGCCAUGGCCGUCGCGGCUAUUCUCUUUGCCGUCCUGCUGGCGACUGCUUUGCGGAACACGGAAGAGCGGACGGCGCAGAAGGCCAAAAUGACUUUGAAGGGCAACCAGCUGCUGCAAAGAGCUGGCACUUUCCAUGCCGUGAAGCAGCUGAACCCAGAAACGACAUUUCUUGAGGAUUUCAAGUCCGCUUUCACCUGGAAGCGACUGGCCGUCUUCGCGUUCGCGAUUUUCCUGGGACUAAGUGUAGCACUUUUCGCGGACCGCAAUCUCUUCGCCAUUGGGAAGAGCGUUUCAGGCAUCGCCUCAGCGGAAGUCUGCCAAGCUGUGUGUUCGGCGGACCCUUUGGCGCUGUGUGAUGAUGCCCACCUCACCUUCGAGAAGAGAUACUGUACUGUCCAUGGCAAAGACUGUGGGCGCACAGCCCGUGAGAGUAGCACCAUUGAAUUCGUCAGCUGCUCCUUUAGUGUACUUCCACAGGCAUGGAAAGUGGACUUCGUGCUCAUCUCGGCUGUCAUGGGCAUGUAUCUCAUUGUCGAGGGAAUGUCCGCAGAGCUCAUUCUCUUCGGGCUCAGCUGCAUCUAUGGUUUCCUCGGUAUUAUCACCGGAGACGAGGCCUGGGCAGGUAUUGCCAGCAGCAGCGUUAUUGGACUGGCCCUCCUUUUCCCUAUUGCUUCAGCGAUUGAAGAAACAGGUGUGCUGGACACUGCCGUUGGUGUGAUGCUGGGAAGUCCACAGUCCUUUCAUGUCGCCUUCCUGCGAAUGCUCGUUCCGGUUGCCGUCCUUUCAGCAUUCUUGAGCAACACGGCCAUCGUGACCAUGAUGAUUCCAAUCAUCGUCUCCUGGUCUCGGACCCUGGGCGUCGCGCCGGGCAAAUUGUUGAUGCCGCUGUCCUUCGCCGCCCAGCUCGGUGGAUCCUGCACGCUGAUCGGCUCUUCUCACUGCCUGGUUGCUCGCGAUAGCGUGGACAUGGCGUUGUACACUAUGACAUUUUUCGACUUGUCCUACAGUGGCACCAUUCUUUGUGUCGUCAGCUUCGGUUUCAUGGCCUUGGCCUUGCCUUGCCUUUCAUCUUCUGCUGCGCAAGCUGAACCGAGCGAGCCGACUGAUGACAAGCAGACGGCGCUGGAGAACUUCUACACCGUCGACUUCUUUGUCCGACCGGGCGGGGGCUAUGUGGGCAUGGACCCGGAGUUGGCCCGACUUCAGUUGAAGCGUCUACCUGGCGUGAAGUACAUUCAAGCUCCGAGGGUCCCACUAGAGGACAACGCGCGACUCAGCUGUCUUGUCGCAGACGUGGGUGUCCUCUCCCUGCGGCAGAUAAGGGGCCUGCGCAUAGCCAACGAGUGUCAGCUCCGAGCACUCGGCAUGGAGCGGGAGAGGCGCCACCUUUACGAAGCCUGCCUCUCCAGCCGGAGCCGAAUUCUGAAUGCACCUUUCGAAUAUGAUGCCAUGAGACAAGCCCUUGGUUGCUGCCCCAUCUCCAUACGGGGCAAGGAGGGUGUACCGCAAGCUGGUGACAUCUUGCUUGUGGAAGCAGAUGAGCGAUAUGUAGGGGAGGCACUUUGGGAAGAGGAGUUUACCAUAACAAAGAUGGUGCCAAACUCCAGUCCAGAGCGAACUGGCGGGGUCCACGAUCGAGUACGUUGUAUCUCAGUUUGUUUGGGUAUGGCCGUGCUGAUCUUCUCCGUGACACUGGAAUUGGUCCGGCUUUCAACCGGAGCUGGGAUUUUUGUGCUUCUUCUCGUUCUCACGAAUGCCUUCAGCAUGCAAAGUGUCUACAAGACCAUCAAGGGCCCCGUCCUUUUGACGAUAGCUGGUGCUGGCGGGCUGUCCCUCGCUUUGCAGGCGACAGGGAUCGCGAUGUUUGCUGCCAAGCAGAUGACGGCGAUGGCGACGCCCUUUGGAACCGUCGGACUGCGAACUGCCGUCUAUUUGUUGGCGGCAUCCUUGUCACUGUUCAUGAACAACAGCGCAACUGUUGCCAUUAUUGGCCCUAUGCUGGCAACGAUGGCUCGCAGCACUUGCAGCGCCGACGAUGUCGAGUGCCAACAGACCAGCGUCAAGGCGCUCUCGCACGUGAUGGUCUUCGCAGCCGGCAGUUGCUUCAUGUCACCCCUGGGCUACCAGACCAACCUUAUGGUCAUGAAGGAUGGUGGCUAUACGUUUGGCGACUUCACCAAGUACGGAAGCCUCGUCCAGGUGCUUCACAUGGUCGUCUGUGUCGGCGUGGUUUCUCUCUUCGUGGACAUCUUCAAGCUGUAG